GCUCAGGUUCAGCCCUGCCUGCGUGCAGCCGGGGCGGCCCUCCGGCAUGGCGGCCCCGGGGCCCCCGGCGCGGCGGCGGGCCACGGCGGCGGCCUCGCUGGCGCUCGGCGCGGCGCUCCUGGCGGGGUGGCCCGCUGCGUUCGCGGCGGGCAAGAGGGUGGUCGUGACUGGCGCUGGCGGGCAGACAGGGAAGCUGGUCGUGCAGAAACUCGUCUCUACGGGCCGCUUCGACGUCAGGCCUCUCGUCCACAGCGAGAAGAGCAAGGCGAAGCUGUUGUCUACAUUGGAUGGAAUGCUUCCAGACUCCAAGGUGAUUGUCGGGGAUAUCACAUCCAAGGAAACCAUCCAGAAAGCUUUCGUUGGCGCAGUGGCCGUGGUGGUUGUGACCUCCGCUGUCCCAGUGUUGAAGACGUGGUCUUUGAUCCCGUUCAUGCUUGCCAAGCUGUUCCGCCGCAAGGGGAGGUUGAGGUUCAGCUGGAAAAACAACGGCAAACCUGAGCAAGUUGACUGGGAAGGCCAGAAGAACCAGUUCGAUUUGUGCAAGGAGGCAGGUGUUAAGCACGUUGUCCUUGUGGGCACGAUGACCGGUACAGACCCCGAAGGCUUUCUGAAUACAAUGGGCGACGGCGAUGGAGACAAGAUCGUCAUGUGGAAGCGCAAGGCGGAGAUGUAUUUGAUCGAUAUUUGCAAGGAUAGCGACAUGGAUUUCACGAUCGUCCACGCCGGUGGAUUGUCUAAUGAUGCAGGCGGGGUUACACGAGUGGCCGUUGGCGUGGACGAUAAGCUCCGGGAGAGAACUCCUCGUCGGCUGCCACGGGCUGACUUGGCCGAGGUGUGCUUGCAGGCUCUGGACUGUCAAGCGGCGAGGAACGUGAGCUUCGACGUCUCGGGAAGCGAUGACGGCGUUACACUUGAGAGUGAUAGCCUCGAUUCUCUUCUUCAGUCGCUCGGUGGAGCUUCGUGCGACUAUUCUAUAAACCCCCCUCCGUGAU